CAACCCACAAGGUGGUUACUGAAGGAAAGUUCUGUCAGAAGAUAUGAGAGAGAACAAAAAAGCACAAUAUGCCACAAAUAUGCACCAUUCGCCUACGAAAAGCCUGCUGUUCCUCAUGUCUACUGUGUGCAUUUGCUCCAGCCAUUCCGCAGUUUCCCGACUACGUUUCUCUACGUUCCUGGAUCCCAAACACCAGACAUACCUCCGAUGGGACUAUGAUGAUGAACUUGCCAUUAUGACUUUUGAGUUUCAAGCCCAGUCAACUGGCUGGGUGGCUUUUGGUUUCACCAUUAAUAAGGAGAUCCUUGGAGCAGACUUCGUGAUUGGCGGUGUUCUUCCUGAUGGCAACAUCUAUUUCUCAGAUUGGCAUGGUGUGAAUGAGAAUACCAUCUUGGAGGAUGAAAGGCAAGACUAUGAGCUGCUAUCAUUGACCCAGGAUGCAACGUCCACCACCCUGGCAUUCAGGCGACCGUUCCGGACAUGCGAUGAACAUGACCUGGACAUCACAGGUGACACACUACGUCUCAUGGCUGCAUUCGGCACAAAUGACACAAUUGAUUUCUUCAAAGGAAAAAUAAUCCACAGAUCUCUCUUCUUGAUGCUAGUGGUAACUAACGAGGAACUGAAACAACCCAGUACCUAUCAUGUGUACGAUCUGAAAUUAAAUGAUUUUCCUAUCCCAGAGGAUGAGACCACCUAUGCCUGUACCUUUCUCCCUUUACCCAUUGUCAAGACAAAACAUCAUAUUUAUAAGUUUGAGCCCAUUAUAACACCUCGCAAUAUAACCGCAGUGCACCACAUAUUAGUCUAUGCCUGUGGCAAUGGAAGCGUGCUUCCGAGUGGAGUCAGUGACUGCUAUGGAGCUGAUCCUGAUUUUUCUCUGUGCUCUCAGAUAGUUGCUGGCUGGGCUGUAGGAGGAGGGUCCUACAUGUUCCCAGAUGAAGCUGGAUACUCCCUAGGGACGCCGAUUGAUCCUCAAUGGGUCCGAUUAGAAAUUCAUUACAGCAAUUUUGAUUUAAUUCCAGACUUAAUUGAUAAUUCAGGCCUGAGACUCUUCUACACUACGGAGCUUCGUCCAUAUGACAUGGGGGUGCUACACACAGGAAUUUUAACAUUUCCCAUCCAUUUCAUCCCCCCUCAAGCAGAUUCUUUCAUGUCUUAUGGCUUCUGCAAUACCAGUCAUUUUCAUGAGAUCAAUGGGAGUCCAGUGCCAGAUAUGCAUGUCUUCGGUUAUUUACUCCAUACCCAUCUAGCUGGAAGGGGACUGCGAGGUGUCCAAUACCGGAAUGGAAAACAGUUGAGGGUGCUCUGUGAAGACAAUAAAUAUGAUUUCAAUCUUCAAGAGACAAGAGACUUGAAGAAGACUAUUAUUUUCAAACCAGGAGAUGAAUUCCUGGUGGAGUGCAACUAUCAAACUACAGAUCGGACAGAUACAGUCUUUGGAGGCCCAAGUACCCUGAAUGAAAUGUGCCUACUAUUCCUCUUCUACUAUCCUCGCAACAACAUCUCCAGCUGCCUAGGACUCCCAGACAUUCAAUAUGUUGCCAAUCAGCUUGGUCAGGAGGCAAAUGAUCCAACAGAAGGAAUGAUGGCCAUCAAUUCUGUACAAUGGAACAAUGAAACUAUCAAGAAAGCAGAGAAAGCAUGCAAGGAAGCACCUCAGAUUGUUAACAUAAAAACCAUUGAUGAGGUGAUGGUAAACGAAACUGGUUUCAUUCGUGAUAUUGAAGUUCCUGAACCAGCACCCUGCAAGUUGAGUCCAAGAGACGUAAUUACGACACCUCAACCACCUUACUUUCACACCAAGUACAAAGCAAUUCCAGGUGUGGUUUCCAAAACUGUUAGCACCUCUUAGCCUGCUGUUCAUAAUUUUGGGGUUUGCUUGGCUUCUCAUCUCUCCCCUCCCCCCAGUAUGAAUUCUGAGCAUCCCAUGCCAAUUUCUGGGGAUCUAAGUCCAACCGCUUUUUACUGCUGUGUGCAUGAAGUUCAAGGCUGAAACAAGCCAGCCAGCACUGGGGAGAGGUCCAAAUACAUCACCUGGAAUUUAGAGAGGACUUAUCCUUCUUUUCAAUCCUGCCAUAUAAUUUGACUCUGGAAAGAAAUGGGGCGUCUGUCAUGGGGUAAGCAGAAGAAAAAAGCCCAGGGCAAAUGUGGGCAGCCAGUAAAUUUUAUAGCAGACUUCCUCAACCUGAUAUCUUCCAGAUGUAUCUGGAUUGGGAUUCCCAGAUUUCCCAGAUUUCCCAGCCAGCAUAGCCAAACUCCUUGCUAUCUGGGUGGUUUGAAUAUAUGGAAGAUACCAUGUUAAAGAACAGUGUAUUUUCUUGUGUUCAACCAUGUGCCUAACACUGAUUGUCUGGGAAGGUAAGCAAGAAGAUGACAUCCUUAUUGGAAGACUAUUGGAAAGGAGUCUGGGGUAACCCACAGUAAAUAACAUCCACAGCUGAAACAAGAAACAAUAUGCCCAAGGAAGUGGAGCAGUCACGUUUGCCCUUGAAAUGAAUUUAUACAUGAACCUAACACAUAGUAUAUUUAAAUAUAUUAAAAUGAACAAAAUGACUGAUAGAAAUGUCAUAGAAUAUUGAAUAUUAUAUAAAUGGAACACAGAAUUCUCACCGUUUGGGGUAUUUUGAUAUGUGAAACAAAGGAUUGGAUUUGCCAUUUACUCCAUCAUUAGCAAUUAAAUUUUAUUUUGAAGUUUCCACUAGAAUAAAAAAGGUAGAAUUAACAGAUAAUAAAAAUAAUAUCUACUUAGUGUGUUAAAAACAAAAACAUUUUUUCUCCAAAUUCUUUGCAAUAGUAACGAAAUGACACAAGAGCAUUUUUAUUUUUUCUUAGCAUAUCCAAAAUCCAAUAUCUUUAAUAAUAAUUUAUUUAUAAAUGUUGUGAUUAAAAUAAGAUUUACUUUUAUAUUUUAUAUAAUUUUUAUCAUCCCAAAAUUAUGACAUUGUUAAGAAUUUUUUAAAUAGAUAGGUGUAUAUUCGGUAUGAAAAUGCUCAUGUGAUUAAAAAUACGGAUACCUGAUUAUUACAAUCAAACAUAAAUUUUUAUCUGAUAUAUGCAAAUGUUUCUGUCUUCUUUAGUAUACUUGUAAGUUGCCUUCCAAAUCAUUGGGUCUGUGCUCCUUUGAUAAAAAUUAAAGACUGUCUCUUGUA